AUGAGUCCUACCAGUGUAAACAGUCCUCGAUUAGACAGCAUGAGACCUACCAGUGUAAACAGUCCUCUAUUAGACAGCAUGAGACCUACCAGUGUAAACAGUCCUCUAUUAGACAGCAUGAGUCCUACCAGUGUAAACAGUCCUCGAUUAGACAGCAUGAGACCUACCAGUGUAAACAGUCCUCUAUUAGACAGCAUGAGUCCUACCAGUGUAAACAGGCCUCUAUUAGACAGCAUGAGACCUACCAGUGUAAAAAGUUCUCUAUUAGACAACAUUAGUCCUAUCAGUGUAAACAGUCCUCUAUUAGACAGCAUGAGACCUACCAGUGUAAAAAGUUCUCUAUUAGACAACAUUAGUCCUAUCAGUGUAAACAGUCCUCUAUUAGACAGCAUGAGACCUACCAGUGUAAAAAGUUCUCUAUUAGACAACAUUAGUCCUAUCAGUGUAAACAGUCCUCUAUCAGACAGCAUGAGACCUACCAGUGUAAACAGUCUUCUAUUAGACAGCAUGAGACCUACCAGUGUAAAAAGUUCUCUAUUAGACAACAUUAGUCCUAUCAGUGUAAACAGUCCUCUAUUAGACAGCAUGAGACCUACCAGUGUAAACAGUCUUCUAUUAGACAGCAUGAGACCUACCAGUGUAAACAGUCCUCUAUUAGACAGCAUGAGACCUACCAGCGUAAACAGUCCUCGAUUAGACAGCAUGAGACCUACCAGUGUAAACAGUCUUCUAUUAGACAGCAUGAGACUUACCAGUGUAAACAGUCCUCUAUAA